AGAUGUGUGAAGAUGCAAAGGCUGGAAGUUUGAUUUUUUUUUUCUUAAUUGAUUUAUUUGUAUUUAUGCUCUAUUUUUGCGGUUGAAAUGUUUGAUCGAACGAAGUAUAAUCUGACUGCAUGAUUUAUUUUCAUUUCGCGUUUUGAUGCGAUUGUCAUUUCUGAUUCUUUUUUUAGUUUUUUUUUUAAAUUCUCGAGGCUCUUGACGAAUCUGUAUAUUCCUUCUCAAUGUUUGUUUUCUUUUAUGUCCAUCUCGUUUUCCUCACUAUCAUCAUCAUCAAAAGAAAAAACAGAGAAUUCCAAAACUUCCGUGUUUUACCACCAGCGUCUCCCUUGCCUCCGUUUGCGAGGGCCGAGGGCGCCCUCCUCUCGCAGGGGCGUCGUGCCCCGAGCCUCGAGUGGCAGCGUCGCAUUCCUAUGUCGGGAGGCUGUGUAAAUUUUGUUGUGUUAAGCACCCUUGAGCGGAGACUCCUUUGCCGCCCGUGUUGGGAGAGGCAGCGGCGCGCGCACUGUUUGUGUAUUCAGGCGCGCUGUAGAGCCAUGGCGGAGGCGAGGACGGGUGAAAAUACGUCAUGCCCCAACAUGCACUUUGUUCGCCCACCCGCCUUCUCUGUCCGCGGCUCGAUCCCGCUCAGGGUUCAUGCAAUCGGAGACCACGUGAAACUUUUGGUGGAUUGGUAUAAAGUUACCUGGAUCCUUUGGCCGCGAGAAUCCAUCGUUGAUCUCGAGUCCCCGCCGAGGAUCCGCCCGAUGGACGUCAUUGCCCCUGGUCCUUCGAGGUUGCAACAGCAAUUUAUUGUCAGUGAUAAGUGCGAAUUGAAGAUAAGACAAUCAGCAAAUACAGCAAUGUGUACUUUGCCACAUGAGCGGCCCCUGGGGAGAUGCCCCCCUCCAGAGCUGCUGGUGCAUUCCCGGGUCAGUUUACUCCCAGCACAACAGGCGUCGUGUGGCGUGGGUUUCGGACUGUUUGUAGUCGUUCUAAAUUCGCCCACGCCCACUUGCGUUUCAGCCCAUGUGUCCCCCGCCGCCCACAGUGAUUCCCUCCGGCGAGACCACAUCCCGCCCGUGCACACGUGGGCUGAGAAUGAGUUACUCCAUGUCGUCAUAAGUCUUGCAUUGGGAAGUGACCCUCAUGCAAAAUCGCCUGCUUGA